AAGAUGAUGAAGAUGAAGAUGAAGAUGCUGUGGAGAUGAGCGGUAUUAAUAGGUGGGCUUCAGUGUCACAGGCUUUCACUGUCGAGACCUCGGUGGGCUUGGUGGAGAGUCGGUGGACCGGGUUAGGGGGGGCUUCCGAUUCAGAGUGCGCGCUUGGAAUAACAAAUAGAAUUAAACAAAGACAUUAAAAAACAAGGAUCGUUGUCAGAGACUCAACAUGGAGGUGCUGUCAGUUCUCAAUUUGGACGACUUAGCCCAAGCGUUCUCCAAAAUGGGAAUGUUUCCUGUUUUUGAUGUCGCUUAUUACAUCGUGUCCAUCCUGUACCUCAAGUAUGAGCCAGGCUCGGUGGAGGUUUCCCGCAGGAGUCCCGUGGCCUCCUGGCUCUGCGCCAUGCUCUACUGCUUUGGUAGUUACAUCCUGGCCGACAUCAUGCUCGGGAGCAGCCCCGUCGACUAUUUCCAAUACAACAGCCACAUCCUGCUGGCCUCAUCUGUCUGGUACCUGGUCUUCUACUGCCCACUGAACCUCUUCUAUAAAUGUGUGGCCUUCCUGCCCGUGAAGCUGGUGUUGGUCGCCCUGAAGGAAGUCGUCCGCACCCGUAAGAUCGCCGCCGGCGUUCACCACGCCCACCACGCCUACCACCACGGCUUCUUCAUCAUGGUCAUUGUCGGAUACGUCAAAGGGUCGGGAGUCGCUCUCAUUUCCAAUUUCGAGCAGCUGCUGCGUGGAGUGUGGAGGCCCGAGACCAACGAGAUCCUCAGCAUGUCAUUCCCGACCAAAGCCAGUCUGUACGGAGCGAUCCUCUUCACCAUGCAGGAGGCUCAAUGGCUGCCCGUGUCCAAGAGCAUCCUCAUCCUCGCCUUCACCGUCUUCAUGGCCACGAGCAAGGUGGUGAUGACCGCCCGACACUCCCACGGCUCCCCCUUCGCCCUCAUCGAGUCCUGGGUCUGCCACCUGCUGUUCGGCUCCCCUCUGGGCGGCUCUGAGGAGGACCACCACCACGCCCCCGCCGCCGCCGCCUCACCUAUCAAAACCAAGGAGGAGCUGAGCGAGGGCGCUCGCAAGAGGAAGGCCAAGAAAGCCGAGUAGGAACGUCGCGUUACACCGAUGAAACUGCAUCGGACUCGCCCUCGCGGCCGCCACAUGAUGGGGACAUCCCAUUCCUUUCUGGGGAAAGGGGCAGUUUGAUGAGGCCCUUCCUGUUAGAGCAAAAAAUGGUGCUUUCUGCAUUUUACAUGGCAUGAGGACUCUGUAAAUACCACAGCAACUGUUUCACACUUCAACCCAACCUGGAUAUUUUAGACCCAUUUAUGUAAGUGUCUGUGAACAUCUGUGCCCGACACUGUGCGCUGAUCCCUGUGUGUAGGACGGCCUCUCUUCGCACCACAUCAGUAGUUGUGUUAGCAGGUGUCAGUGGUUUCAUUCUAGUCCAAACCAAACCUUGUUUUAUUAAAGAAAAACUAAAUACAAAUUAAAUUGACUCAGAAAUUCAAAUAUGAAUAAAGCAUUAUGUGAAAGAACAUUGCUGCUUUUUACAUUGCGACAAAGACAAAUUCAUAUCUUUGAAUAAAAUCAAGAGAAAAUUUG